GAGGCAAACCUGAAACGGGCAAAGAGGGGAGACUUGAAGGUCAGCGUUCACCGCAUGGAGAUUGAAAGGAUCCGCUACGUGCUCAGUAGCUACUUGCGAUGUAGGCUGGUGAAGAUUGAGAAGUUUUUCCCCCACGUCCUGGAAAAGGAGAAGUCUCGAGCUGAGGGGGAACCUUCCAUCCUGUCACCAGAGGAGUUUGCUUUUGCCAAAGAGUACAUGGCAAACACAGAGACGUAUCUGAGAAACGUGGCCCUGAAACACAUGCCACCCAACCUGCAGAAAGUGUCUCUCCUAAAGUCAGUUCCAAAGCCCAACCUGGACUCCUUUGUGUUCCUGAGGGUGUUGGAGCGGCAGGAGAACAUCCUGGUCGAGCCAGAGACGGAUGAGCAGAGAGAGUACACCAUCGACCUGGAGGAGGGCUCGCAGCAUCUCAUCCGGUACAAGACCAUCGCCCCGCUGGUGGCCUCUGGAGCGGUGCAGCUCAUCUGAGGGGCGGC